CGCUGAGAGAGAGCUGGCCGCCAUGUCCCUCGCCUUCUCUUCGGCCGCGCUCGCGUUCGGCGGCGCCACGCCGGUGGUGCACCGGCCGGGCCUGCGGGCGCCCCAGCCCGUCGUCAUGAGCGCCGCCUCCGACCUCCGGAACGGGCUCGCAGCAGCGGCCAUCGCGGCCACCGUCGGCGUCCAGGCCGCGUCUGCGGCCGAGCCGUGGCCGUACUCGACGCUGCUCGACCGCGUCAACGCGGACGAGGUGGCCAAGGUGGCCUUCUCGGAGGACGGGACCAAGGUGGUCGCCUUUGACGACAAGGGCGACCACCAGGUCCAGGUCUUUCCCGGCGGCGACGCGGAGCUCGUCGCGCAGCUGCGCAAGCACAACGUGCAGUUUGCGGUGGUGCCGCGUCCCGAGGCGAACCCGCUCUUCUCGGCGCUGGGGACGUUUGGCGGCGUGCUGAUCAACUUCCUGCCGCUCAUCCUCCUCAUCGGCCUCAACGUCCUCGCCUCGCGCGGUGGCGGCAUGGGCGGGCCGGGCGGCGGCAUGGGCGGGCCGGGCGCAAUCGGAAAGUCCAAGUCGCAGAUCCAGAUGGAGCCAAACACGGGCGUGACGUUCGAGGACGUGGCGGGCUGCGACGGCUCCAAGCUCGAGCUCACCGAGAUCGUCGAGUUCCUCAAGAACCCUGCUAAGUACUCUGCACUCGGCGCAAAGAUCCCGCGCGGCGCCAUCAUGGAGGGUCCGCCCGGCACGGGCAAGACGCUGCUCGCGCGCGCCGUCGCGGGGGAGGCGGGCGUCCCCUUCAUCUCCGCCUCGGGCUCCGAGUUUGUCGAGAUGUUUGUCGGCGUCGGCGCGUCGCGCGUGCGCGACCUCUUCUCGCAGGCGAAGAAGAACGCGCCCUGCAUCGUCUUCAUCGACGAGAUCGACGCGAUCGGCGGCGCGCGCGCGGGCGGCCAGGGCGGUGGCAUGGGCGGCGGAGGCAACGACGAGCGUGAGCAGACCCUCAACCAGAUCCUGACCGAGAUGGACGGCUUCGACGGAAACAGCGGCGUCAUCGUCCUCGCGGCGACCAACCGCGCGGACACGCUCGACUCGGCGCUGCUGCGGCCGGGCCGCUUCGACCGGCGCGUGCCCGUCGAUUUGCCCGACGUCAAGGGCCGCCUCGAGAUCCUCAAGGUGCACGCGCGCGGCAAGCCGCUCGCCCCGGAGCUCGACCUCAACAUCAUCGCCAAGCGGACCACCGGCUUCUCGGGCGCGUCGCUCGCAAACCUGCUCAACGAGGCGGCGAUCGUCGCGGCGCGCAAGGACGCGACCGAGAUUGGCUACGAGCAGGUCGACUACGCGAUUGACCGCGUGACGGUCGGGAUGCAAAAGACGACGGGCACCUCCUUCCCCGCCCGCCAGCGCCUCGUCGCCUACCACGAGGCCGGCCACGCGGUCAUGGGCCUCCUCUCGCCCGACUACGACCUGGUCACAAAGGUGACGCUUCUCGGACCCUUCCUCGUAGGCGCGGGCGGCUUCACCCUCUUCACGCCCUCCGAGGAGCGGCUCGAGUCCGGCAUGUACUCGAAGCGCUACCUCGAGUCGCAGCUCGCCGUCGCGCUCGGCGGCCGCGUCGCGGAGGAGAUUGCCUUUGGCGAGGAGGAGGUGACGACGGGCGCGUCGGGCGACCUGCAGCAGGCGCGCAGCAUCGCGCGGCGGAUGGGUUCACCCAUCGCGCGGCGGAUGGUUGCGCAGUGGGGUUUCGCCUUUGACGAGCUCGGCGGCGGCCCCGUGGCGUGGGAGACGCCGGAGGGUAACGGGCUGAUGCAGCCCAAGGUUGCGUCGCCCGACAUGGAGGCGCAGAUCGACAAGCAGGUGCAGGAGAUUGUGACGCGCGCGUUUGAGAACUGCAUGAACACGCUCACCGAGAACAAGGCGCUGCUGGACGCGGUGACGGAGCGGCUGAUCGAGAAGGAGACGAUCGACUACGACGAGCUCCUCGAGAUGCGCGAUGCCCACUUUGGCGGCGCCUCUCCCGCCGGGCUCUCCACCGCCGCCGCGUAG